AUGUCAUUCUUACGUCCUCUCGUUUCAAAGCGGUCCCUUCAUUUGGCACCCAAAUUGGAACUUCAAGGGAAAUUUGCAAGUGAGGGUAUUUCAGGUCUAAUGUCACAGCAACAGUUUAAAACUGCAUGGAUCGACUAUCAAGACUAUCUCACUAAAAAUCUCUCGUUAAAAACCGUGGGAACGGAGUUCGAGACUCGUACACCCUUGGCAAUUGUUCUUAGUUCUGCUAGAAAGCAACACUUAGGACCGAUUUUCCAUUAUGCGUCUCAGGCUCACAAUAACCAUCUAUUCUUUCAGCAGUUGGUUCCUUCAGAAUCCAGUAGAUCGUCUCUUAUAAGGCCAACUUUGCUCAAUAGAAUCAACGAGCAAUAUGGAGGUUUGGACAACUUCAAAAAUGAGCUCUUGUUCAAAGCUGAUUCCAUGACUGGAAACGGAUGGGUCUUCCUUAUUGAGACCAAGGAUAAAACUCUUCAAAUUAUCACGUGCAACAACGACGGUACGCCUUACUACUACGGCCGUAAUCAAUCGUUGGAUCUCAACGGUGCCAUUGAAUUAUCUGACUACGAUCUUCUCAUCUCCAAUAAGGAAAAAAUGCUAGCUCACGUUAAGGAUUACUCUCUUCCUUUAUUAUGUGUUAAUGUCUGGGAACAUGCUUACAUAGAGGACUAUGGUAUCACAGGCAAGGCUGAUUACUUGGAGAAGUUCUGGAACUGCAUCAACUGGGAUAUCGUCAAUAAGCGUGUGUUUAGUAAUGUACAGUAG